GAGCCUCUGACGGCGGGCGGCGUGUGACGCAGUCGGGCCCUCUGCGCGCUGCGCCCGAAGCGGCGGUCGGUGGCGGUGGUGGUAGCGGCGGCGACGGUUUCGUGGCGGCCGCGCGCUGCUCUCUGAGCGGCGGGUGGCGGACGGGCCGAGGCCUUCACUCCUGACACUUCCUUCUCCUGCCGCACCGCGCUUGCUGAAGCAAAGACUCAUUUUGAAGAUGUUUAAUAAGUCAUUUGGAACACCCUUUGGGGGUGGCACUGGUGGCUUUGGCACAACUUCAACAUUUGGGCAGAACACUGGCUUUGGCACUACUAGUGGAGGAGCAUUUGGAACAUCUGCAUUUGGUUCUAGCAACAAUACUGGAGGCCUGUUUGGAAAUUCACAGACCAAACCAGGAGGAUUAUUUGGUACUAAUUCAUUUAGUCAGCCAGCUACUUCCACAAGCACUGGCUUUGGGUUUGGCACAUCAACAGGAACAUCAAAUAGCUUGUUUGGAACUGCAAGUACAGGGACCAGUCUCUUCUCAUCCCAAAACAAUGCCUUUGCACAAAAUAAACCAACUGGCUUUGGAAAUUUUGGAACAAGUACUAGCAGUGGGGGACUUUUUGGUACUACAAAUACAACCUCCAAUCCUUUUGGUAGCACAUCUGGCUCCCUCUUUGGGCCGAGUAGUUUUACAGCUGCUCCUACUGGGACCACUAUUAAGUUUAAUCCUCCAACUGGUACAGAUACUAUGGUUAAAGCUGGAGUUAGCACUAACAUCAGUACCAAGCACCAGUGUAUUACUGCUAUGAAAGAAUAUGAAAGCAAGUCACUAGAGGAACUUCGUUUAGAGGAUUAUCAGGCUAACCGGAAAGGCCCGCAGAACCAAGUGGGAGCAGGUACCACAGCUGGCUUGUUUGGGUCUUCUCCAGCCACCUCCAGUGCGACAGGACUCUUCAGCUCCUCUACCACUAAUUCAGGCUUUGCAUAUGGUCAGAACAAAACAGCCUUUGGAACUAGUACCACUGGAUUUGGAACAAAUCCGGGUGGUCUCUUUGGACAACAGAAUCAGCAGACCACCAGCCUCUUCAGCAAACCAUUCGGCCAGGCCACAACCACCCAGAACACUGGCUUUUCUUUCGGUAAUACCAGCACACUAGGACAGCCAAGCACCAGCACCAUAGGUUUAUUUGGAGUGACCCAAGCCUCACAGCCUGGAGGUCUUUUUGGGACAGCUACAAACACCAGCACUGGGACAGCAUUUGGAACAGGAACGGGUCUCUUUGGGCAGCCCAACACUGGAUUUGGUGCUGUUGGUUCGACCCUGUUUGGCAAUAACAAGCUUACUACAUUUGGAACCAGCACAACCAGUGCUCCUUCAUUUGGUACAACCAGUGGCGGGCUCUUUGGUAACAAACCAACCCUGACUUUAGGAACCAAUACAAACACUUCCAAUUUUGGUUUUGGCACAAACACCAGUGGGAGUAGUAUUUUUGGAAGUAAACCAGGACCUGGGACUCUGGGAACUGGGCUUGGUGCAGGAUUUGGAACAGCUCUUGGUGCUGGACAGGCAUCUUUGUUUGGGAACAACCAACCUAAGAUCGGAGGGCCUCUUGGUACAGGAGCCUUUGGGGCCCCUGGAUUUAAUACUACGACAGCCACUUUGGGCUUUGGAGCCCCCCAGGCCCCAGUAGCUUUGACAGAUCCCAAUGCUUCUGCUGCCCAGCAAGCUGUUCUCCAACAGCACAUCAAUAGUUUAACGUACUCACCUUUUGGAGACUCUCCUCUCUUCCGGAAUCCCAUGUCAGACCCUAAGAAGAAAGAAGAGAGAUUGAAACCAACAAAUCCAGCAGCCCAGAAGGCUCUCACUACACCUACUCAUUAUAAACUAACACCCCGCCCUGCCACCAGAGUUCGACCAAAGGCUUUACAAACAACAGGCACAGCCAAGUCACAUCUCUUCGAUGGGCUGGAUGAUGAUGAGCCAUCAUUAGCCAAUGGAGCAUUCAUGCCCAAGAAGAGCAUUAAGAAGUUGGUUUUGAAAAACCUUAACAAUAGCAAUCUCUUCUCUCCUGUUAAUCGUGAUUCAGAAGAUCUAGCUUCACCAUCUGAUUAUCCAGAAAAUGGGGAGAGAUUCAGUUUCCUGAGCAAACCUGUUGAUGAGAACCAUCAGCAGGAUGGAGAUGAUGAUUCUCUUGUGUCACGUUUUUAUACUAACCCUAUUGCCAAACCCAUUCCUCAAACCCCGGAGAGUGCUGGAAAUAAACACAACAGCAGCAGCAGUGUGGAUGAUACCAUUGUUGCAUUAAACAUGCGUGCUGCUUUGCGAAAUGGGCUGGAAGGAAGCAGUGAAGAGACCUCUUUUCAUGAGGAGUCACUGCAGGAUGACCGAGAAGAAAUAGAAAAUAAUACUUACCAUAUGCAUCCAGCAGGUAUUGUUCUCACUAAGGUUGGUUACUAUACUAUUCCAUCUAUGGAUGACCUUGCUAAAAUUACCAAUGAAAAAGGAGAGUGCAUUGUCUCUGACUUCACUAUUGGUCGUAAAGGUUAUGGUUCAAUCUAUUUUGAAGGAGAUGUGAAUUUGACAAAUCUAAAUUUGGAUGAUAUUGUGCAUAUUCGAAGGAAAGAAGUGAUUGUCUACUUAGAUGAUAACCAGAAACCACCUGUGGGUGAAGGUCUAAAUAGGAAGGCUGAAGUUACACUGGAUGGAGUUUGGCCAACAGAUAAAACAUCUCGUUGUUUAAUAAAGAGCCCAGAUCGACUUGCUGAUAUCAACUAUGAGGGCAGAUUGGAAGCAGUUUCAAGGAAACAGGGAGCUCAAUUCAAAGAGUACCGUCCUGAAACGGGUUCUUGGGUGUUUAAGGUCUCCCAUUUUUCUAAGUAUGGCCUUCAGGAUUCUGAUGAAGAGGAGGAGGAACGGCCAUCUAAAACUAGUACAAAGAAGUUGAAGACUGCCCCUUUGCCUCCUGCAGGCCAGGCCACCCCAUUCCAGAUGGCUCUAAAUGGCAAGCCAGCACCUCCACCCCAGAGCCAGAGUCCAGAGGUGGAGCAGUUAGGGAGGGUUGUGGAACUGGACAGUGACAUGGUAGAUAUCACCCAGGAGCCAGUUUUGGAUUCCAUGUUAGAAGAGAGCGUGCCUGAGGAUCAGGAACCUGUGUCUGCCUCAACACACAUUGCAUCUUCACUGGGAAUUAAUCCACAUGUCUUACAGAUCAUGAAAGCAUCAUUGCUUGCUGAUGAAGAAGAUGUAGAUAUGGUUCUGGAUCAACGCUUCAAUCAUCUUCCUUCUAAAGCAGAUACUUCUCAAGAAAUCUGUUCUCCCAGACUCCCCAUUUCAGCAUCCCACUCAUCAAAAUCCCGUUCUUUAGUUGGUGGGUUACUACAAUCAAAGUUUACUAGUGGAACUUUUCUUUCACCAAGUGCCUCUGUACAAGAAUGUCGUACUCCCAGAGCAGCAUCUUUGAUGACUAUCCCAUCCACAUCUCCUUGGUCUGUCCCUCCACCCCUGACCUCUGUGUUUACAGUGCCCAGCCCAGCCCCUGAAGUUCAGUUGAAAACUGUGGGUACACGCAGACAACCAGGCCUAGUCCCUCUUGAAAAGUCUGUCACCUAUGGCAAGGGGAAACUCUUGAUGGACAUGGCCCUAUUUAUGGGACGCUCAUUUCGAGUUGGUUGGGGCCCCAACUGGACUCUUGCUAAUAGUGGAGAACAGCUGAGUGGCUCUCAUGAACUGGAAAAUCAUCAGAUUGCCGAUUCUAUGGAAUAUGGAUUCCUGCCUAAUCCAGUAGCUGUUAAAUCCCUUACUGAGUCUCCAUUCAAAGUUCAUUUGGAAAAACUCAGUUUGAGACAAAAGAAGCCAGAUGAAGACCUGCAAUUAUACCAGAUACCUCUGGAGCUCAAAUUAAAACAUAGCACUGUCCAUGUGGAUGAGCUGUGUCCUCUCAUUGUCCCUAAUCCAGGAGUUGCUGUCAUUCAUGACUAUGCAAAUUGGGUUAAGAAAGCAUCAGGACACUUUCUGGAAGCACAAAUUGUGAAGCACUGGAGCCUAACAUGGACAUUAUGUGAAGCCUUAUGGGGCCACCUGAAGGAGCCUGACAGCCAGCUGGAUGAGCCUAGUGAAUACAUUCAGAUUCUGGAGCGAAGAAGAACUUUUUCUCGCUGGCUAUCCCAAACUGCUGCACUUCAAAUUGAGGAGGAAGUCUCCUUAACCAGAAAAGACAGGCCCGUGGAGGCUGUCUUCAGCUACCUCACGGGCAAGAGGAUCAGUGAAGCCUGCUCUCUGGCCCAGCAGUCAGGUGAUCAUCGUCUUGCCCUUCUUUUAUCCCAGCUGGUGGGUAGCCAGUCAAUCCGGGAGCUGCUUACUAUGCAGCUGGUGGAUUGGCAACAGCUCCAGGCUAACUGUUUCAUCCAGGAUGAGAGAUUGCGCAUCUUUGCCUUAUUGGCUGGAAAACCGGUAUGGCAGCUCACAGAGCACAGGCAAAUCAAUGUGUGCUCAUAUUUGGAUUGGAAACGCGCCCUGGCUGUUCAUCUUUGGUAUUUGCUUCCACCAACAGCCUCCAUUUCCAGGGCACUCAGCAUGUAUGAAGAAGCAUUUCAGAAUUCCUCUGAGGCUGACAGGUAUGCCUGCUCCCCACUUCCUGCAUACCUGGAGGGCUCUGGCUGUGUGAUAAAGGAGGAAGAAAACUCACAGAGACCACUUCAAGAUGUCUGCUUUCAUCUUCUAAAACUCUACAGUGAUAGUUCAAGAUGGAUCAGAAACCUAAUUUCAAACUUAAACCAGAAAACAAACAGAAGAAACCAAACAGGAAGAUCUUUGCAACUGUGAGUUAGGCAAAGAUUUUUUUGAUACCAAAUAAAUAACCUGUAGAAGAAAAAAUUGGUGCACUGGACUUCAGAAAAAUUAAAAACUAUUGGUCAUGAAAAACUGUUAGGAGAAUGAAAAGACAAGCCACAGAUCGGGGGAAGAUACUUGCAAUUCAUAUAUCUGAUAAAGACCUUGUAUCCAGAACAUAUAAAGAACUCCUUUUUAAAAAAAAAAAAAAAAGAUUUUAUUUAUUUGAGAGAGAGAGUGUGCAGGCAGGUGGAGUGGGAGAGGAAGAAGCAGACUCCGUGCUAAGCGUGGAGCCUGACACGGGGCUCGAUCUCUCAACCCUGAGAUCAUGACCUAAGCUGAAAUCAAGAGUUGGAUGCUUAACUGACAGAGCCACCCAGGUGUCCCCAGAACAUUUAAAGAACUCUUAAAACUCAAUAAUAAUUAAACAAUCCAAUUUUAAAAGUGGGCAAAAUAUUUAGGGGCGCUUGGGUGGCUUAGUCGGUUAAGUGGCUGCCUUCGGCUCGGGUCAUGAUCCCAAGGUCCUGGAAUCGAGCCCUGCAUCGGGCUCCCUGCUCGGCGGGAAGCCUGCUUCUCCCUCUCCCACUCCCCCUGCUUGUGUUCCCUCUCUCGCUGUGUCUCUCUCUGUCAAAUAAAUAAAUUAAAUCUUAAAAAAAAAAAUGGGCAAAAUAUUUAAACAUUUGCUUUACCAAAGAAGACCUAGAUGUCAAGCACAUGAAAAAGUGUUCAGCAUCAAUAGACAACAGGGAAAUGCAAAUUAAAACCAUCAUGGGGUACCACUGUCCACCUAUUAGAAUAUGAUUAGAAAUUAAAAAGACCUAGGGCGCCUGUGUGGCUCAGUCAGUUAAGCCUCCGACUCUUGAUCUCACCUCAGGUCUUAGGGUCAUGAGUGCAAGAGUCUCCCAGCAUGGAACCUACUUAAAAAAAAAAAACCUGUACCAAGUGUUGUGAUAGAUGUGGAAGCAACUUGAAUUCUCAUACACUGGUGGUGAAAAAUGUAAAAUGGUAUUGGCACUUUCGUAAACAGUUUGGCAGCUUAGAAAGUUAGACAUACACCUGCCUGCAUAUGAUCCAGUCAUGCCACUCCUAGGUAUUUACCCAAAAGAAUGAAAACAUAUAUCUAUAUGCAAAUGUUUGUAACAGCUGUUUGUAAUGAUCCAAAACUGGAAACAAGCCAAAUUUCUAUCAACAGGUGAAUAGAUAAACAAAUUGUGGUAUAUCUAUAUAAUGGAAUGCUACUCAGCAAUAAAAGGGAAUGAACUGUUGAUACACAAGAUAACAGAGUGAAUCACAAGAUAAUUUUACUUGGUUUUGAAAGAGGUGAGACAAAAAAGUACCCAGAAACAUACAUAUUGUAUGAUUCCAAUUUACCUAAAAUUCUGGAACAUGCAAACUGAUUAAUCCCAGAAAACAGAUCAGUGGUUGCCUGGGAAGAGUGGGUAUAAGGAGGGGCAGGAAGAGGGGGAUUACAAAGAGUCAUAAGGAAACUUUUGGAGGUGAUGAGUGUGUUUGUUAUCUUGACCUUGGUGGUAAUUUCACAGGUGUGUACAUAUGUUAAGACUUAAUGAAAAUUGUACAUUCUAAAUAUGUUCUGUUUACUGUAUAUCAGGUUUUUUUAAUGUCAAAAAACAGAAAAAGAAAGGAAUAUCUCAAAGUGCCAGUAAUAGAGAAACUGGAGCCACAAGGAGAUAGUGAACCUUGUUCUCAUGAAAGGUAGAAUUGCUGUGACUAAAUCCUUAAAUAAAGUCCACACUCUGUCCCAUACAAAUAAAUAGACUAGAACUGCACUGUCCAACAUAAUAACUGCUAUUCAGAUAUGACUAUUUUAAGUAAACUUUUAAAUUUAGUUACACAUUCAUAGUCACAUUUCAAGUGUCUAAUAGCCACAUGUGGCUGGCUAUUGGCUAUCAUUGGUCAGGGCAGGUUAUAGAACAUUUCCAUCAUCCCACAAAGUUCAGUUUGACAGCACUGGUCAAGAAAACUUCUGUUCAUUACUUGGGCAAGUAUUAGGAAAUAAAAUGUCUGGGAUCUUAGGUAAAAAGGUAAAGUUAUUGGAUGGUGAUCUAAGCCUUAAAACUUGCAGGUGUGAGAUCUUAGUUUAAUAGGGAAUUGCAAGCUAAGAACUUUACACAUAAACUGGUCCAGGACCAUUAAAAUCUUUGGGAUGCCAGCAGAAGAAAGAGCAAAAGUCUGAAUUUUUUCAGACGUUUGCUGGGCACCUGAAUUUCCUUCUAUAGAGAAUAAUCCCCACUGUAGACAAAAUCAGCGGUAGAGAUUACAAGCCAUAGAAGGAAGUAACCUUCAUGAAGACAAGCUGUUCAAACAAACAGGAGACUUAGCACUCCAACAACUUCAUGUAAUAGAACAGUCUGGAAAAUCCUAAUAUAACUGCAUGUUUUUAAUGGUUAAGAAAAGUAUCGGGGUACCUGGGUGGUUCAGUCGGCUAACCAUCUGAACUUCGGCUCAGGUCAUGAUCUCAGGGUCCUGGGAUCCUGGGAUCAAGGCUGCACUCAGCAAAAGGUCUACUUCUCCCUCCCCCUCACUCCUCCCUAACUCAUGCGCUCUCAUACACUCUCUUUCAAAUAAAUAAAAUUUUAAAAAUAAAUAAAUGGUUAAGUGAAGGAAUGAAGACUAAGAGUUGUGAAGACUCCAUGUACACCAGGAUGGUAAAUAUCUAAGCCAAACAAAUACCAGCAAACCUAUCAGAUCACACAACCACAGAAGAGGAGGUGCCUUCAUAUUUAGUAGGAUCUGUAAUCUGGCUGAACCUAGAAGUAGACUGAUAGAGCACAGUCUCAGAGGGAGACCAUGUGGUCUAUAAUGCUGCUUUUCUCGGGUGCCUGCCUUUAUUAUCUUCUAAACCAUAUCCAGAACAGUUGACCUGUCCAGUGCAGGUGGUCUGCUGCCUUGA